AAAAUGGCGGCGCGGUCGUCGUCGGGGGCGGCGGCGGUAGAGGGGGCGGUGGCGGUGGCGACGGCGGCCGUGAGUGCGGCGAGGGGCCUGAGCCGGGGGCAAUGAGGCUGGCCCGCCGCGGAGCCGUGUAGCCGACACCCAGACCCUCCUCCCCGCCUCCGCCGAGCCGGGGGCGCGCGCGCGCGGCCGUCCGCCGCAGCCUUUCCCCUUCCCUCUCUCUCCCGACUCCGAGGCCCCCGCACGGCUCCCCACCAGGGCCCGGAGGAUGAUGAAGCUCAAGUCGAACCAGACCCGCACCUACGACGGCGACGGCUACAAAAAGAGGGCCGCGUGCCUGUGCUUCCGCAGCGAGAGCGAGGAGGAGGUGCUGCUUGUGAGCAGUAGCCGCCAUCCAGACCGAUGGAUUGUCCCUGGAGGAGGCAUGGAGCCCGAGGAGGAGCCCAGUGUGGCAGCGGUCCGGGAAGUCUGCGAGGAGGCUGGAGUGAAAGGGACACUGGGAAGACUGGUUGGAAUUUUUGAGAACCAGGAGAGGAAGCACAGGACGUAUGUGUAUGUGCUCGUUGUCACAGAAGUGCUGGAAGACUGGGAAGACUCAGUGAACAUUGGACGGAAGAGAGAGUGGUUUAAAAUAGAAGACGCCAUUAAAGUGCUGCAGUGUCACAAGCCCGUGCAGGCCUCGUACUUCGAGACGCUGAGGCAAGGCUACUCUGCCAACAAUGGCACCCCUGUCGUGGCCACCUCGUACUCCAGCUCUGUGUCAGGCAUCAGAUGACUGCAGACUUCCUGCCAGAGCCGGAGAGUGGAAACCAGACUGAAGUGUGGCUCUCCACCGCUCCUCGCCCUCCUCACAGCCCCCUCUUUCACCCAGGCAUGGCGGGCAGCAGAGAGGGUGCACUGAGGUGCUGCUGUGGGUGUGGGGUGAUGUGGGUGGGGUGUGGCGUGAUGGGAACUGUCUCCUCUUUCUCUUUUUCCUAAGGGUGGGGACUGGGAUGUAACUCACGAGUUCUUUCCUGCAUGCUCCAUUCCUCCCUUGCUCACCCGCCCUCAGAGAGGGAACCCUUGGGCUCUGAAGCGUUCCCAUUUGCCUCAUCCCAGCCUGGCCAGAUAUUUUCUGAUUUUCCCCCUAUUAAAAGACACCCAUGUGAGAUGAAACUUUCUAGGACUCUGUCCUGUGACAUGCUGUUGAGCCCCAUGGGUUGGCCGUGUUUCCUUCAGGAUGCAUUUGUCUAUACGUUAUACCCUGACACGAUAUGUAAAUGAGUGAUUUAGAAAGAGGAGCUUGACUGUUCAGUUUUUCAGUUUUGCUUUUUGUUUUUUCAUUUUUUUUUUAUUUUUUAUUCCAGGUGUUUCUAGUUUAAAGCCCCUCACACUUUACGUGUUUGUUUCAAUGCUAGUGACUAGGCAGGUUUCCCUGUCUUCUGUGCCCCAGCCACAGUGAGCUUUGCUGUCUUCCUCCUGCCCCUGGGACCCUGGCCUUCUCUAGGCUGUUUCCAUGCCGAGGAACCUGUUUUCUUUUCUGUUACCAAGCUUGGAGCAAAUGGCCUCAGCCCAGAGCCAAAGAAGCAGUGAUAUGUUCACAGUAGGCUUUAAACUGGAUAACUUCACUGUCACAGAAACUGGACCAUCAGGCACCACGUCUGUCCUGCUGGCUGGGAUUUUUUUCCAUAAUGCUAUUCAUCGCUGACAUGGCCUCUCUUACCCUUGUAUGCCUUACACCACGCUGACCUGGAUAUGGCCCCGUGCUCUGAAGCCAUCCUGCACAGUCUUGUCCCCAUGCAGAGAGCCCCACUGAGGUCCUGAGAAGUACACGGGGCAGAGUGUGCCUGUGUCUCUGAGUCUGAGCGUGUGCCAAGGGUUACACCAUGAGCGAGCUUGCUGUCUGCCCUGUGUGACAAGUCUUCUGUAGGAGGGGCUCACUGCAACCCCCUGGCUUGCUGCAGGCCCUGUUGGUGUUUCGUGCCGAACUCAUCUGUCAGUUGUGUUUAGCUGGGAAGUAAAGGGUCUUGGACAGGGCCUUGUGCAAGCAGGGUGGGAGGGAGCUGAUGCCUAGCUUAGUGUGGGGCUUGGUACUCUGUGGCAUUGCCUGUGUUGAAACGUAGCCAAGAUGUGAAAUUAAAAUAGUACUUCUCUUAUUUAAAAACUAAUAAACACUCAAACUUUGAAAA